AUGGAUAUCAUCUUACUAUCAAUGGAAGCAAAGUCUCGCAAGAGGGACUCUGAAAGGAGAAAAACAGUGAAAGGCGAGAAGUGGGAAGGAGUAGAUGAAGCCGAGGAAAAGACAGAGACAGACAGAAUGGAAAAGAGUGAGGAGAGAAUGAAGGGAAGAGAGAUGAAGGAUGAAGGAUGA